AUGGAUGGUGGCUUUUUGAGAAGGACUAGGAGGUCGAGGAAGAAGGUGGAUUAUGAUGAAGGACAAGAUGAAAAGGGACAGGAACCCGAUGUAGAUUAUAUUGAAGUCAAGAGUGAGAGUGAGGUUGAAGCAGAUGAAGUGAAGGAAGAAGCGAAAGAAGAAGAGAAGCCGGCUCCGCCGGCUUCCACUUCUUCACAAGACGAUGAUGAACCUCUUAGCAAGAAGCGUAAGAAGCCUGCCAAGAAGCGCGCGGCAAAGAAACCAAAGAAACCGAAGAUGACCGAUGAACAGAAAAAAGUGUCCCGUUAUGAACGUAGUACUCAGAGAAUGUUUCAACACCAUCCUCAGCUGGCGCACGUAUUCACCGAGUUACAGGAAAAACCACGUCCAAAACCUGUGAAAGCCCCACAACCGGAUGGGAUGUCUGUCAAACUGUUGCCUUUCCAACUAGAAGGGCUGCACUGGCUUAUUCAACAAGAAAAUAGCAAAUACAAUGGCGGAGUCCUAUCCGAUGAAAUGGGUAUGGGGAAAACUAUUCAGACAAUCGCCCUGCUGAUGAAUGACCUCUCUAAAAGACCUUCACUCGUAGUUGCACCGACGGUCGCUCUUAUGCAAUGGAAAAAUGAAAUUGAGCAACACACUAACAAGAAACUGAAGACGUAUUUGUUCCAUGGCGCGGCCAGGACGGGCGAUCCAGAAGAACUCGAAGGUAUAGACGUUAUUCUCACUACUUACUCUGUCCUCGAGUCUGUUUAUCGUAAACAAGCGUAUGGAUUUAGACGUAAAAAUGGGCUUGUCAAAGAACGUUCACUCUUGCAUAAUAUGCGAUUUUAUCGUGUGAUACUCGACGAGGCACAUAACAUCAAGGAUAGGACCAGUAAUACGGCCAAAGCGGUUAAUGAACUACAAACGGAGAAAAGGUGGUGUCUCACUGGUACACCUUUACAAAAUAGAAUUGGUGAGAUGUACUCACUAAUACGAUUCCUUAAUGUCGAACCAUUUUCUCGAUACUUUUGUUUCAAUUGCGAUUGUAGCUCUGAACAGUGGAAGUUUACUGAUAAUAUGCAUUGUGACCUUUGUGGGCAUGUCUUUAUGCAGCAUAGAAGUUUCUUCAACCAUUUUAUGCUGAAAAAUAUCCAGAAUUUUGGUGCCCAAGGACUUGGACUUGACUCGCUGAAUAAUAUUCAACUACUUUUGAAAGAUGUUAUGCUGCGAAGGACAAAGGUUGAAAGAGCAGAUGAUUUAGGGUUGCCUCCAAGAAUAGUCACUGUGAGAAGAGAUUAUUUCAAUGAACAUGAAAAGGACUUGUACAAGAGUUUGUACAUGGACGUUCAGCGGAAGUACAAUUCGUAUGUCGAAGAAGGUGUUGUGUUAAACAACUAUGCCAACAUCUUUACGUUAAUUACAAGGAUGAGACAACUCGCAGAUCACCCAGAUUUAGUACUCAAGCGGCUGAAAACGGGAGCAGCUCAGUCAGGCCUCAUCAUAUGUCAGCUUUGCGAUGACGAAGCAGAAGAACCUAUCGAAUCGAAAUGUCAUCACAAAUUUUGCCGACUGUGCAUCAAAGAAUACGUUGAGUCUUUCAUGGAAGAAAAUAACCGCUUGACCUGCCCUGUGUGCCAUAUAGGUCUCAGUAUUGAUCUUUCACAGACAGCACUCGAAGUCGAUCUCGAAUCAUUCAAGAAACAAAGUAUUGUCAGUCGUCUUAACAUGCAGGGCAAUUGGAGAUCCUCUACUAAGAUCGAAGCACUUGUUGAAGAGCUGUACCAUUUGAGAAGCGACCAGAAAACUAUCAAAUCAAUUGUAUUCUCACAAUUUACCAGUAUGCUUGAUCUAGUCGAAUGGAGGUUAAAAAGGGCAGGGUUUCAAACAGUCAAAUUACAAGGUAGUAUGUCCCCAACACAGAGAGAUGAAACAAUUAAAUAUUUCAUGGACAACAUUCACUGUGAAGUAUUCCUCGUCAGUUUGAAAGCAGGUGGUGUCGCACUGAACUUGUGCGAAGCUUCACAAGUUUUUAUACUUGAUCCUUGGUGGAAUCCAAGUGUAGAAUGGCAAAGUGGUGAUAGAGUACACAGAAUAGGUCAGUAUCGACCAGUCAAGAUCACGAGAUUCUGUAUUGAGGAUAGUAUCGAAUCGAGAAUCAUUGAAUUACAAGAAAAGAAGGCAACCAUGAUCAAUGCUACCAUCAAUCAGGAUGAAAGUGCAAUCAAUAGAUUAACGCCGGAUGAUUUGCAAUUCUUGUUUAAUAAUUAA